ACGGCGGCGGCGGCGGCGACGACGACGACACGCUCCUGCUCGCUCUCCUCUCGCGCGGCGCCCGAGGAAGCGGCGUCCCCCGUGCGCCCUGCUCGCCGAGGGACCCCCGUCCUUCCUCCGCCCCCGACCGGCGGGGCGGUGUGUGCGAGUGUGGGGGGUGCACGUCCCCCUUCCUUCGCCCCAGCGGAGCCCGAGGCCCGGCUGCCUGGAUUGGCCGGGGAGGGCCGCGAGCUCCGCCCGCUGUAGCCGUGCUGCCUGGCUGGGAGGGGAAGAGGAGCGGGGCUGCGCUCCCUGCGCUGCCUAGUCUGGAGCGGGAGAGCCUGGCAGCGGCGGCGGCUGAGGAGCAGCCGGAGCCUGCUGGUCUGAGGCGUCAGCCCCGUAGCCUCUUCGCUCCCGGUGCGCAAGGCAAGGGGGCGCCCCCUCCACCGAUCCAUGACCAUGGGCGACAAGAAGAGCCCGACCAGGCCAAAAAGGCAAGCAAAACCUGCAGCCGAUGAAGGCUUUUGGGAUUGUAGUGUCUGCACCUUUAGGAACAGUGCUGAAGCCUUUAAAUGCAGCAUAUGUGAUGUCAGGAAAGGCACCUCCACAAGGAAACCUAGGAUAAAUUCUCAGCUUGUUGCACAACAAGUUGCUCAGCAAUAUGCUACCCCACCACCUCCUAAAAAGGAGAAGAAAGAGAAGGUGGAAAAGCAGGAAGAGAAAAAGCCAGACAAAGAAAAAGAAAUUAGUCAAAGUGUUAUAAAGAAGAGUACCAACAAGAAGACUAAGCCAAAGUCAGAUAUUGUGAAAGAUCCACCAAGUGAAGCAAACAGCAUACAGUCUGGAAAUACAACAACAAAGACCAGUGAUUCAAAUCACACCUCAAGGCCCAGACUGAAAAACGUGGACAGAAGUACCGCCCAGCAGCUGGCAGUCACAGUGGGAAAUGUCACAGUAAUUAUCACAGACUUUAAAGAAAAGACUCGCUCUUCUUCCACAUCAUCAUCCACAGUGACCUCCAGUGCAGGAUCAGAACAGCAGAAUCAGAGCAGCUCGGGAUCCGAGAGCACAGACAAGGGUUCAUCCCGCUCCUCUACGCCAAAGGGCGACAUGUCCGCAGUCAAUGAUGAAUCUUUCUGAAAUUGCACAUGGAAUUGUGGGAAACUUAUGAAAUCAGGGUAUGAAAUUCAAAUACUCCACUUGUCCACUAGGCUCUAAUCCAGGAAAAACCCCAGUGCCACUUCCUUCUCUUCUGCCUCUUCUUGAGCUUCGACGUGUGUUUUUGGACAUCAUCUCUUAACAGAUGGCACCAAGAUCAUUUGUACUGGCUGUGGGCAUCUGGCCAUCAAGGAAUUUCGCACCCUGACAAUAACUUUUUGACACUUAUGUAUUCCAUUGUUUUAUAUGAUUUUCCUAACAAUCAUUUAUAAUUGGAUGUGCUCUUGACUCUACUUUUUUAUAAAUCUGCUGUGCACAAUUUUUCCAUGAACAUUGCAACAUUUUUGUUUGUUUUUUGGGGUGAGGGAAUAUGAGGUAAGUGGGAGGGAGAGGGCUAUAGGAGAGUUUUUUAUUUAUUGCGUUCACAGACUCCAUCCUCUUGUUCUUGUUUUUUCAGCAUAUCCUGUUUUGACUUCAGGUCCCCUUCUUCCAGUUAUACUGUGUACUAUCAGUUUUGAUAUAAAUUAUAUAUAAAUAUAUAAAUAUAUAUAUAUAUAUAUAAAUAAAAAUAUAUAUAUAGGGUUAUUUGAAACCAAUACAUGGAAACGCUGGUGCUUAAAACACUGUGAAGCGAAACAAUUUAAGAUCUGGGACAGUGAGUGCCCUUUGGAAAGUGCUGAAACGGAACCGGAACCAGUCAUAAAGAGUGAUCCUGGAGGUUCAAACCGAAACAGGACCUGGCUUCCUUCUUGUGCUUUGGCUGAAGAGUACUGGACAAAGAUAGAUGUCUAUUUUCUUAUUUUCUGUUCUGUUUUGAAAUCUAAAAGGUGCUCCAGUCACUUGCAUUCAUAGUAGAAUAUCUAAAAACAGUAAAUCUCCAGCCUUGUCCUAUGGCAAUGUACACAUUUUAAUGGCUAUGAGCCACAUUUGUUUCAGAAUGCCUAGUAUUAAUGUACAGGAUGGCUACACAUUACCUUUGCCUAGUUUUGCAUAACCUGCCUCAUGCAAGUAUGGUGUUCUGUAACUUUAGCCAUGGUCCAGAUCUGUAUUGGUUAUAAGGGUAACAUUUCAAUAUUGGCAGGGAGGAGGUAUUGUCAGUUUUUAUGACUCAGUGAAAGAGACGGAGGCUGCUCUCCACCCAGCUCUUGUUAUAACAAAGCUACAACAUGAUCUGAUGUCACAUGUCUCGUUCUCAAUGCAAAUCUUUCAUGUCUGUCUCUGUGCAAUUCUGGUUUUGAUUAAUUCAUUGUGUAUCCUCAGAGUGGUCUUUUUUUAAAGCAGCCUGUCGUCCAGUGAUGAUGUGUUGGGAUUAUUGGUAUUUAGACAUGUCUAGAUAACCUGCCAUGGGAGCUGAAGUUGUGAAGAACUUUUUCAAACUGGUAAGGGAGCAACAGGAUGACCAGUAGUUCUAAUUCUUGCUAGACAGCUAUUCUAAUGUAAGCUUCCUCCAGCCCCAUCAGAGUUGUGUUACAGUUUUACCUAGCUUGUGUGUUACCCUGCUUAAAACACUAGAAUGAAGAAAUGGAACACUUUCUUUUCUUUAAAAAAAAAUAUCUUCAAGUUCUCAUUGUGUAUGCUUUUUAGGCGACCCAGAGUGCUUUGCUGUAAUUUCAGCAACUUUUUUUUCUUCUUCUAUCAAAAUGGAUACUGUGUGGGUGUUUAUGCGCAAAGGGCCACUUGCCAGAACUUGGUGCUAGACAAUUACUGUACUAAUUACUUGCUUGAAAAAUAUAAAUUAUUUCUGUUGUGUGGAGGCAAUGAAAUUGUUGCAUUUUAUCAGCUCAGAUUCAAGUAACAGACACAAGCUCCUUUCACAUUGAUUUUAAAUUUUAGGCUAUGCUUAACUGAAUAAACCAACUCUGCUCAACGCAGUGGAGUAGCAGAGCAGUGCCUUUGCAGCUGCAGUUUGAUUCUGAACAUGGUGCGUUCCUUAUUAAAUUGUUCUUGUAUCUAAUUUUUUUUUGUUCUUUGAAAUCCUAUUAAAGUAUUUAUUGAAAAAGAAAAAAAGAACCAAAGGAAAAACCAGAUGAUUCUCAUAAGCUCUAAAAUACAAUGUUAUCCGUAGUUUUUAGUAGUCCACAUUGGUCCACCUUUUAAACAUUGAUAUGAUAUUGUAAAGACAUUCCUUUUCCAAGUUUUACUGUUCCUUUACGGGAUCUCAGGGAGGGUAAAUUGGUCAGCCAUAUUUAUUUUUUGGAGAAAAUUUUAAUUUUUAAAGAGAUAUUUGAACUUAGUCCCAGAUGUGUGUAUUUUGCACAGUUUUUUAAAUGAAUGAACCAGAAUAAAUUAGGCCUGUGUGCAUUUGGACACUUUCCAGCAGACCUAUUUUGUGGGCAUGGAAAGUGCACCUGUGUAGACAAACGGUGUCUUUCCUUUAGUGGUUCUCUAAAAUAAGGCCUUGAUGCAGAGGGGGAAAUGCAGUGUGGUGUGUUGAGAAAAUUAUUUUAUGUGGCAAGCACCACACACCAAGCACUGUUGCUCUGCAUCUUCCAUUCCUCUUCAUGUGUAGCUUUUUCUGGGCUACCAUUCAAAUGGUUCACAGCAGCAGGGGUGGUAGGGUUGCACCCAGUGAAACAUAACCCUUAGAUUAGGUGAUAAAAGCUUUAACAGAAAUGAGCUGCUCAUUGGCUUACCAAUUCAGUGGAAUCCUCUUUGGGUUUUCUUUUCUUUUUCUUAACGUGUGCCUCUGUGAUAUAUUAGCUUGUUAGGUGAAAAGUAUGCAAAUCUAUCUUUGGCACAAGUGGACUGACUGAAGCUGCAUUUGGUUGAAAUUGUCAGCUAAGCAUUCGAACUUUCUUGGGCCGCAUUUUUAGCUAUUGCGUUGUCAAUCUGCUUUUCUUCUUAGCCCCUGUGAUGGACAAUACCCUUAAAAGUAGCCUGAUGGCUUAAAAUGGAAUUCCCUUCACUUACCUGCAUUUCAGUUUGCCAUAUGGUAGUUGGAGAGCAUGUUUGAAAUCCUAGUGUAGAGGAAGGGCCAGAAACGCUCGGUAGCCAGUGGCACAGAGAGCAGGCGAAGGAAAAGCACAGUGUUAACAUUUGCGAGUUUCAAUUUUUACACUUCACAUACACACAUGUGCGUGCACACCCAUACACACAACAGCUUGCCUGACUUGCUCAGUUUGACAUAGUCAUGCAAAGGGAACAGUAAAAAGCAUUUAAGAUGGGAAAUUUUAAUUGAUAGCAUUUUGCUUACUAAAAAAAACAAUUUAAAAUUGGGCAGUAGCUAUAUUCAUUGAGAGAUACUUCCACCUGCCUUAUGAAUAUCAUUCUCAGUCUACUUUUUAAACAGUAAACGUAAAUUAUUGAAAAUUAUUAAUUGCUGACUAUAAUAACCUUUGCUUGUAUGUAACCGAAAAAAUGGUUUAAGAGCCAACAUUUAGAAUAUGACAAUGGAGCUGAACAGUUUUUAAUGCGCAAGCAGUUCUGUUCUUGUGUAUGACUUGUAACCUUAAUUUACUGUGUAAAGAUGGUUACAUUAUUUCUUUAGCUUUGUUUGUUUGGAGACAAAUAGAGAAUGCUUGUUUAAGUAUGUCAAGACAUAAUUUUAUCUUGUGAAUUUUUAUGUUAAUGUAUUAUACGAGCUAUAUUUUUCAUUUGCCCAGAAAGACAGCUUGUAUAACGCUUUUGAAAGUUUUCUGCUCUGUAAAGUCUUUAGAGCUGACAGUCCUGUUAGGUUUGUUUUUAAUCUUCAUGCUAAAAGUGUCAAUGGUGGUUUUGUGAACUGGUCAGAAAAAAUUCACAGGUCUUAAAUGUUUUCGGGAAAUUUAUAUUGGACACUGCUCUUUGUCUAGCAAAUAAAAGAUGUUAAUAUAUUCCUGUUACCGGCAUGUGCACGACUGUUAUUAGAAGCCACUUUAUCAUUUUCCUGCUUUAAAUAGAAAUGUCUAUUUAUGAAUUCUGCUUGUAGUUUUUUCACAAAUAAAAUAGUAACAUUUA